CCCGGAUACAGGUCCCUCUUUCGUGAGGUGUUGGCUCCAUGCAGUUGCGAUAGGCAUUUCGACAGCCUUGACGGUGCCAGACCCUGUUUCCACCCUGGCCGCAACAUCCGUGUGGUGAACAUUGUUUACCCAGUCAUAUACCUUGCCCUUAUGUCAGAUCUAUAGCACUCGUGAUAAGAUGGCUAAUUUUUCUCGGCUUUCGCUCUUACAGUGUCUAUGACCUUGCAUCAUGCCGGCCCAGUUCGGCUGACAAACACCAUAUAUACCUCGACGGCGGGCUCCUCGAUCCUCCCCACCAUUCGCUUUGUAGAGACUCCGGCCAGCCCGACAGUCCACGAUUACAUUCUCUCAACAGCGCAGGCGCCCUUUGAUACAGACGACCCGACUGAUCUCGAACCUACCUCCGUCGUGGUCCCGAUUGAGUCGAGUGCGGCAGGUCCUGAAGCAGACAACACCCUCUAUGACUCGGUAACAGACAAGUCUCUGCACGGAGAGGAGAUGGGUGGAACCAAGGUCAAGGCCACUAUAGGUGUCCUGUCAACCAUAAUAUCUUACAUGUGCAUAAACAGCAUACUGAAGGCGACAAACCCUGAAGCUUUCAUUUGGCAAGAUGAAGAUCGGGAAGAAGCGAAAUGGGUGGCUACGUCUAGGUCGUGGUUAGACCGGAAAGCCUGUCGCUGGCUCGCAGUCUGCGGCGGUACACACAUACACUAUGCUUCAGAGACCACCAAGUUUGGACAUCGGCCUUUGAUGCAGCACACAUCUAAGAAGUUGGUUGACCACCAACCAGACUGGGACUGGCAGCAUGCAUGGACAGAAAGCAAUGACAGGCCGGAGGAUUGGACAGACGAUGAGCGUGUCUUGAGAGAGAUCCCUGACUAUGUCAUGGAACACGCACCACUUGUUCACCUCUACUCCGGAGAGCAGUUCUGGCCAUGUGACAUUGCGGAACAUCUGUUCCACGUAACACCUACACUCAACUAUACGCGACUUCAAUCUGGAGAACAACACCUGAACCUACAGAACUUGGACGAGCUGAACCAGUGGCAGAAUGGUCGUUGGGUGUUUCUGACCAGCAAUGAUGACGUUGAGGAACGGCCAGAAUGGCUGGAGGGUGAAAAGAACAUUCCCAGCAAGCCUUCAAACCCGAAUGAUGCUUUCGAAGAUAAUGACGGGUGGGUCCACAAGCCUGGUCGGACCUAUGCUCAAGGCAUCAAGGACGCGAUGUAUGAUCUCAAAGACUGGUUUGCGCCUGACCUGAAAGAUUCGGAGGAUGCAGCCGAUUUUCGUGAGUCUUUCACCAGCCAAUCAGCAGCAGAGAAGGCUGCACGCCAGGUACACCUCGAAUUGAAACGCUCCAUGCUUCAAGAUAAUGCGCCGGGCAGGAUUCGAGGCGGCCGAAGUGACGCCCCUGCCGUUCUGGUCACUAUCAACAAAGGACACGGCAUUGUCGAUGCAUUCUGGUUCUUCUUCUACAGUUUCAAUCUAGGCAAUGUGGUGUUGAACGUCCGAUUCGGCAACCAUGUAGGCGACUGGGAACACACUGUCGUUCGAUUCCAACAUGGACAACCCAAGGCUGUAUUCUUCAGUGAACACAAUUUUGGAUCUGCCUACAGUUAUGACGCUGUCGAGAAGAUCGGCAAACGACCUGUCAUCUAUUCUGCGUACGGAACGCACGCAAUGUAUGCAACUCCAGGAACACACCCAUACAUCCUACCUUGGGGUAUUCUCCACGACUUGACCGACCGUGGUCCGCUAUGGGAUCCGUCCCUGAAUGCCCACACCUAUACCUACGACCACAAGACCGAAAACCUACGAUCCUCCAACAUCACUUCCAGCGCACCCACUGAAUGGUUUCAUUUUGCUGGGCACUGGGGUGACAAGUUUUAUCCGCUCGGCGACAAGAGACAAUAUCGCUUUGCCGGACAGUACCAUUACGUGAACGGACCUAUUGGUCCCAAAUUCAAGCAUCUCGGAAGAAAGAAGAUAUGUCAAGGUCCAGAAACGGCACCCUGUGUCAUCAAGAAUUGGCUUGGCUCUGGUGAUAAGAUUGGACGUUUGAACCCUGGAAACAAGAAUGGAGAAGAUGAUAUGUAACGAAGACAUGAAGACGGCGUUCUGGUUGAGCUCACCCGGUGAUUCGCAUCAUGAUACCCUUCGGAGUGUGCCUUUGGUUGGCGGUUCAGGUUGGCGGUUCAGGAUUGAUUUUUAUGAUACCCGCCGGUUCUAGACCCGAUUCUGGGCUCUUUGUACGCAGUUAUGAGUGUAGGAGAUAGAAGCAGGACAGACAUAUUCUGUUCAG